ACACACUCCAGUGGUGUGCUGUCCUGGAUAAACUCCAGCCAGCAGUCUGUCGAAUAUAACAGCAAAUCCUGUCAGGACAGCCAUCCAGCAGGAACACACUCUCUCUAGCUAAAUCCCAGCCAGGGUUUAAGCUCACAGGGAGGCGCACGCAGAGAGGAUGCGUUUGGAUUCUGUUGAGCUGUUUGAGUGAAUAUCAUUAGGCUUCAUGUUUACAGGGGACUUUUUUCCAUUUUUUUUCCUGCAGACAGAGAAGCACCGUGUACACCUUUCUCCUGCUGCUGCUGCUGCUGGGUGAGUGUGAGAAGUUAGAUGAGGAGGAGAGAUGGAGAGGAAGCUUCAGCUCUGAGAGGAGUCGACCUAAAUCAUGGCACCAAUUAUCUUUAUAGACCCCAGGGAGGAGGACUCGUGUUAGACAGAAGAAAUUAAUGAAGGAGUGAAACGAUUAAAAUGCUCGGGUCUGGUCUCCAGAUAGACACGCUACUUCUGUCAGAACCAGCACUCCCAGCUCCAGGCUCGAGCUGGACGGAGGAGUGAGAGGGACGAGAAAUGGGAAAAUAAGGAAAAGCGGGAAAUCUUCUCAGCACUGUAAGAAAAAGCAGGUUGCCUGGGGAUGAAUGUUUGUGUCAAACUCAAGAUAAAACCGAGAUCAAGUCAGAUCUGAACCUUCAAACCUCUGGUUAUGAGAACUUGUACAACGGAAGCAACAAGGCAGGAGGUAAGAUGUUUGUGGAGGUGUGUGGCCAGCAGGGGGUGCAGACACUCCUGCUGCUGUGGUGUCUAAGCUUGUCAGCAGCUGAUCUGUCCUGGCCAUGCCCACAAAAGUGCACCUGUCGACAGGAGACGUUAGAAAUCAACUGCUCCUCAAAACACUUGACAAAUGUUCCUGAAGGCCUGCCUAACAACGGCAAGCGCCUGGAUCUUUCCGGCAAUCGCUUAAAGACUUUAGGUCGGCGACAGUUCUAUGGCAUGUCCAAGCUGGAGGAUCUGGACCUAGGUGAGAACAUUAUAUCUAUGAUUGAGGUGGAGGCAUUCCAGGGUCUUAAAAAUCUUAAGUUCUUACGAAUCAAAAACAACCGUCUAAAGAUAAUCCCUGUUGGCGUUUUCUCUGGCUUGUCCAACCUUCGCAGCUUGGAUCUCAGUAAAAAUGAGAUACUUGUGUUUCUGGAUUACACAUUUCAGGAAAUGGGAAAUCUGAGGGAAAUGAACGCUGGGGAGAAUGACCUGGUGUUCAUUUCGCAGAGGGCAUUUGUUGGCCUGCAGAGUUUACAGGAACUGAUUGUGGAUCGCAGUAACCUAACCUCCAUUCCUACUGAAGCUUUUUCACAGCUUCAGAGCCUGAGCAAGAUGCGUCUGCGAAGACUCACAAUCAGCAUCUUGCCCAACAAUGCCUUCCGCCGGCUGCACCAGCUGCGCACCCUGCAGAUCCUUCAGUGGCCCUCCCUGGAGAGCUUAAACAGCAACAGCCUCAUUGGUCUCAACCUUACCACUCUUGUCAUCAGCAACUGCAAUCUGAGUGCCGUACCAUAUGCCGCCCUGCGUCAUUUGGGUUACCUACGCUACCUUGACCUCUCCUACAACCCGAUCACAUCUAUACAGGGCAACCUUCUAGGGGAAAUGCUCAGACUGCAGGAGUUUCACCUGGCAGGUGGAAGUCUUCUGCGCAUCGAGCCAGGUGCCUUCAGAGGACUGGUCAACUUUCGACUACUCAAUGUAUCCUCAAAUCGACUCACCACCCUGGAGGAGAGUGCCUUCCACUCAGUGGGGAACCUAGAGACCUUGAGGCUGGAUCGAAACCCCCUGACUUGUGACUGCCGGCUUCUGUGGGUAGUGCGAAGGAGGUUUAGGCUGAACUUUAACGGUCGCCAACCUUCAUGUUCUUCCCCUGAACUUGUGCGAAAGAGGGAGUUCCGUGACUUUUCGGAUGCAGAGCUUCCUAUAGUGUUCAUCUGCAAGCAGCCACGGAUUGUGGACCGGCAGACACAGGAGGCUUCAGUGGAUGAGGGAACACAUGUACAAUUUGAAUGCAAAGCAGAUGGGUAUCCGCAGCCUUCUAUAACUUGGCUGUCUCCCCAUCAGACUCAGAUUGGGUCUGUGGGGAGAAUAAGAGUACUUGCAAAUGGAAGUCUGGAGUUGCGCUGCGCUCAGGUACAGGACAGCGGUACCUACCUUUGCACUGCAGCUAAUCCUGCAGGGAAUGACAGUAUCUCUGCAAGUCUUCAGGUACGGAGUUUUCCUCGAAACUACACAAGUUCCUAUUUUUCUGAUGACGCCUGGGUUGAGACCUCGUUGCCUCCUUCCACCAACUCUUCAGCAGAAGUGUCAAACCCUUACCCCUUUGAUGCCAAGACCCUUGUUAUUGCCACUACUAUGGGCUUCCUUUCUUUCCUGAGCUCAGUGGCCAUUUGUUUUGUUUUUAUGUUCUUCUGGAGCCAAAGUAAAGGCCAGAUCAAGCACACAGCCACCAUUGACUUUGUGCCACGUUCAUCUAUGGGUGGAGGGGGUGACGGUGCAGACACUGGAAGGUUUACAAUGAAACUCAUAUGAAGUCAUUAAAGGACUUUUAGUGAAGUGUUGGCGUGUAGCUAGCGGUAACAGGUAAGGUAAGCAAAAACAGCAGGCCUACUUACUGUACUGUAAAUCAGAACAUGCGAUCACUGCUACUUCUAUCAAGUAUGUCAUUUAUAUGAUCAAGUCAGGCUGGUGUCAUUUUGGCUCAUUUGAUUUUCAUUACUGUACAUUUAAAACAACUGGGCCUUUUGUCAGAAAGACCAUGUUUUAAAUACUGAGAAAUAGUAAGCAUUUAUAAUGUAUAUGCAUGCAGCAAACAACUGCCUUGAUUUAGUAUAGUACAAUAAGCCACGAAACAGCUUUCUGUUAAACUGGUAAUCAGUGUAUGGUACUUUUCAGGCUACCUUUAUCUUAUAUUUAUUGUAAAUUAUAAACAAAUUCUUGGACAUGUUAAGAACACAGUUUGAUCCUAUGAGAAUAGGACAGAAACUGUGGAACUGUGGUACUGUGAAUAUAUUGGAAUGGAAUGUAUUAGUGUGUUUGUAUGGAAUUUAUAUUAAUAUUUACAUUAAUAUUAACGUAAUAAUUUAUGUGAAAUGAGAAUGCUGCCUUUAUUUGAUAAGAGAGUAUACAAAAUAAGAGAAUGCAAAUCAUAACAUUUAGAAUUGUCACACCUAUUAUAAAGUAUAAUUAGACUGUAAAUUACUAAAAUAACUAAUAUAAGUUUGGCUAACAGUGUCCAAGAUGAUUUAUUCGUAUACCAUUUAAGGACCCUAGUUUUUCUAAAGCAACAUAGUGGUACAGUAGUGUUUACUCUUAGUAAACUGAAAGUAAAACUUGGGUUAUGAUUUUACAGUUAUUUACAACGCUUUUUGGAAACUCACUCCAAACCAGGCAUAACAAAAACACAAUAGCUGGUAUGUAAGAACAUUUAGUGUAAAGAAUGAUGUUGUUAUAGUAAAGAAAUUAUAUGCUUUUCAGUUUUAUAUUACCUAGUAUUCGGGUUGUUUGCACUUCAGUUCAAUUGUCGUGGUCAAAUAAUCAGUAUUAUUUUUAAACUUGGUAUUGCAUACAUGUAUUUAUUACUUCUGUAAAAGUGUGUCUUUUUAACCGUGUUAAUUAUGUUUAAUGAAUAAAAAAAAAACAGUUUGGAUGUGUCUUAGGAAUGUAUAAAUGUCAUAACCAAAUAGCACAUUGUGCUCAUAUGAGAUAAGAUGCUUUGCAGGAUAUUGUAUUUAAUUGUACAUACUUUAUACUUCUGUCACAUAAUGUUGUUUUGCUAACUUAUUUAUAAAGUGUAGGAUUUUGCAUUUUAAACUAUUAAAGACUAUGCAAAUCUGAUGGUUGGGAAGCUGUUUUAAUUAAUUGCAUUUGGUGGUAAUAAAUAAGAACAAUCCUGGCCCCUGAUCUUACACUCUGUUUCUCAUCACAGUUUUGAAAUACAGUGUCCUCUAUUAUGUCUGGGAUUUUAUUUCUUGAUAUAUCCCUCCACUCCCAGUUUAAAAUGUCCAUUCAAACCAUUAACACUUUUUAUACAGUCCCUUCUAAUUUUACAUUUUAGGGCACCAUAAUGUGUGAUUUUUCAGGUGUGCUCCAUAAGCUUCAUUAGUUCAUAAGGCAUUAGACACUUAGGCUUGGAGCUAUUUGGAGUAUGUACUUGUCAUUACUUAACACAAGCUAUGUCAACAACAGCCAGAGAAGCUAUUAUGAGGUUUAAGAAGAUAGCUCACACAGUAUGCCCUUUCAUCACUAAUGGACUGGUAGGCCAAGGAAGACCUCCACUGUUAAUGGCAAAAGAAUCCUCACUUAUCUUCAGAUAAAUCCUCAGUUGUCUGUCUGACAUCUGUCUGUCUUGUCUGUUAAUUCUGGAAAAAUACCUUUUUCUGACAGACGAGACCAACAUUAAAACCUGUAUCAGAGAGGGACGAGUAAAAAACAACAACAUUCAUCUUCAUUGAUGUAACUGCUAACAGCAGUAACACAACAAAAUCUGAGAAAGAGUGUGUAGAAACAUCUUAUCUGCUCAUUUUCCAGUAAAUGAGUCCGAACCCUUUGGGUGGUGAUUCCUCCUACAGCAACACGAUGAUCACAGACAUAGUGCUAAUGCAAAACAGGUGUUUUCAGAGUAAAAAAAGAAGCAGGAUCCUGCCAGUCAACUGAUUUAAAUUCAAUUGAGCGUGUGUUCCAUAUGCUGAAGAGAAAGCUCAAGGGACAAAGCCUUGAAAUGAGCAAGACUUGGCAAAGCAUAACCAGAUAAGAUUCUCAGCACCUGGUGAAGAGUCUGAGAAUCAAAGACUUUACGAAAUUGUUGCAUGCAGGUGAUGCUGCAUUAUUGUACCUACUAUUAUUUCCCAAACAUUAUGGUGCCCUAAAAUGAGGAAUAUUGUGAAAAAACUGUAGAUUCUCAAUAUGAUGAGUCCAGAAUGUAUAAACAUAAUCUGAAAAUGAGGAUAAUCACAUUUUAUGGGUUUGAUUUUAAAUGUUUAUCUGUGCAAAGCAGAAGGGCAUAUCAUGGAAAAUGUGUCUUUGUGCCUCAUUAUGGAGCCACUGUAAAGACUUAUUUGUAUAAAUGUCUAAUAACUGUUGUCUAAAGGGUAGUGAAAUAAUAAAAGCUUCUGUUUUACUGCAGAUACUUCUUUGCAUGUACUCUAAACAGGAGAUGCAGUAAUGUUAUGGUAUAGAAUCUGUUUAAUUAACACCAUAAAUCUUUAACUCAUUUG